AUGGGACGGGCUGCCGAUAGAAUCCUCUCCCGACGACAGGUUGAAGGUUUGAUUGCCGAAGGAAAAACAAUCAUAAUUUUGGACAACGAUGUCCUCCGUGUUGAUGCCUGGUUGAAGUUCCAUCCAGGAGGUGAUAAAGCUAUUUUACAUAUGGUCGGUCGGGAUGCUACUGAUGAAAUUAACGCUUUGCAUUCCGCUGAAGCCCGGAAUCGGAUGAAAAACUUUGCAAUUGGCAAGAUUCAGGGGACCUGGACCAAUUUCUUACCACCUUUACAUGGUGGUGAGUUUCGGCCAUAUAUCGAGGGCGAAGAAGAUGAGGCAGACGAGUUCCAGGAGACGAGCGAGGAAUUGUGUGAACCCGAGUGCCCGAGCACGCCGGCUCGCUCUGAAUCACCAGCAUCCAUCUUCGAUGAUGAUAGAAGCUUCCUUCGUGACCCUAGUGUCCUUCGUAGACGCCAAGGCUCCGCUGUUGCAUCUUCAUCGUCUUCAAUAACUGAAUUAAGUAUUAUUGAUGAGUUCGGCCUCGACGAGCUCACCCGGAAAAACAUUGAAGCCGAUCUUGCGAAAUACCCAGCUCUUGACCCUAAAACACAAGGGAAGAUUGUUAGGGAAUACCGGAAAUUGGACCAGCGAAUAAGAGCCGCAGGACUUUAUAACUGCAACUACUUCAGAUAUAUGAAGGAAUUUGCUCGGUACUUGACAUUCCUGUCAAUCUCAAUAGUUUGUCUGCAUUCUGGGUGGUUCAAACUUUCCGCAUUUUUCCUUGGGUUGUUCUGGCACCAGAUUACCUUUGCCGCACAUGAUGCGGGCCAUAUGGGGAUUACACAUAAUUUCCACCUUGACACUUGCUUCGGCAUCUUUAUUGCCGAUUUUUGCGGUGGGCUCUCAUUAGGAUGGUGGAAAAGAAGUCACAAUGUGCACCAUAUUGUUACCAAUGACCCUGAACAUGAUCCGGAUAUUGAACAUCUUCCGUUCUUUGCUGUUAGCCACCGUUUCUUUACUAGCUUGUUUUCAACAUACUACGAUCGAGUAAUGCAUUACGAUGCUGCAGCGAGAUUCUUGAUUAGGUUCCAGAACUAUUUGUACUACCCAGUCCUGUGUCUUGGGAGGUUUAAUCUCUACCGCCUUUCCUGGGAAUACCUUAUUCUUGGACUAGGGCCGAGAAAGGGAGUUGCGGCAUACCAGCGGUGGCUUGAAAUUGCCGGAAUGGUGGUAUUUUGGUACUGGUUUGGCUACGGUCUAAUCUACAACUCGCUACCAACAAACUGGGACCGUUUUGUAUACAUUAUGAUCAGCCACAUUGUCACAAUGCCUUUACACGUACAGAUCACUUUAUCACACUUUGCCAUGUCUACUGCGGACCUGGGAGUGGGAGAAAGCUUUGCACAGAAGAUGUUAAGAACUACCAUGGAUGUGGACUGCCCACGCUGGUUGGAUUUCUUCCAUGGAGGAUUGCAGUUUCAGGCAAUUCAUCAUCUUUUCCCCCGUAUUCCUAGACACAAUCUUCGUGAUACUCAGAAGCUGGUUCUAGACUUUUGCAAAGAGACUGGGGUACCAUAUACGAUUUACGGAUUUUACGAUGGUAAUAAGGAAAUUAUCAGUCAUCUAGGUGAAAUCGGAAAACAAGCUGCGAUUUUCGCCGACUGCCAAGCUGCCAUUCUCAAGGGAGAGACUGGUCACUAA